CAGGCAAAAGAUAUGAACACGAACGACGUAAUAUCAGUUCAAUCAAUCGGUCUGUAUGUCAGUUUUUCAACAUUUUACAAUCAGCUGCUUCAGACUCGGUAUGUCGAAUUCGAAGUGAAAGAAAAUUAAGGCGAUAAUUCCAUGAAAUUCGAUACACAUCUGAACAAACACAUUUCACAUUGAGUCAUAUUUUAUUCUAUCUUCACUGAAAUUUCUUUGUUUCCACAUAUAUAUACUGUCCAUAUAUAAACAAUGCGUGAGCAGAAAUGUUCAUAACGCGUGUGAACCGUGCAUAAUGUCCAAUGUAAACACAGGUCGACACAUGCAUACUGUUUCACGUACAAAGUCUUACACAAUACAAUUGACAUUGACGUUUCGAACAAAAACGUGCUUCAAUCGUUUAUGAAGUUUGUUUAUACACAGAUAAACACAUCAAACGUCGCCGCCAACAAGUGAAAAUAAAAAUACACACCAUUUUUCUUCGUUAUGUUUUCUUCGUCAAUAUUCAUGGUAUGUGGUUAAAUUCGAUGAAAAAUCAAUGAAAACAUCAAAAUGAACGCCGAAAUGCUGAUAAAAGCACGUAAAGUGUUUGUAGAAGACACAAUUGUUGAGUACACUGAAACGUGUCCACAUUGUGCGUCGAAAGGCAUCGACAAUAAAUUACGGUAUUAUUACAUCAGUUUGGACGAAGCAAUUUAUAAAUGUAACGGCGCGCAAUGUCUCUACCCCUACGAAAAAUUCAUUUUUAAAAAUGUGAAAGACAAUUCAGUAUAUUAUUAUGAAGAGGUAUUGGAGGGUGGACGAGAGGCUGUAUUCCGUGUGCCUCUUGAUGGCACAGACAAUUAUCAAUCAACGAAUCCACUGUCGACUGAACUAUUUUGUGAUAGUCAACGAAAUCCUAAUAUUGAAUCUUAUGAUUUGGAUUUUUCGGAUCUUUUUAACGAUUUUGAAGCCGAACCCAAAUUUGAAAUUGAUCCGAAAUCAAACGUUGAAAAUCCAGACUUUUUGGAUUUUCUCGAUGAAACGGUCAUACCCAGCAAAAUUGAUACCGAUAAAGUACUCGACAAAAAUGGAAUUGAUAAGAUGAUCGCCAAUCUAUCGCCCAUCAAAAAUGAGACAAAGCUUAAGAGUGUCAAAGAUGCCAGUUCCAGUGGAAAGGGUAAAAUCAAAACCGAAGCCAAACUAACAAAAUGCAUUCAACAUAUUGAAAAGACAAAACGUUCAAAGAGUAAGAAAGCCAACGAAAAACCACCAAACAAAUUUACGGUGGCAAUAAGAAAGGCGCGUAAAAAUCAAUCAAAUGGGAAGGUUUCUGCAUCGCCUGUAAAAACUGAACCGGUGAAAGAGACAGUAAAGCAAGAGCCAUUAAAGCAAACCGCAAUAGAACCGCUGAAAAAGACACCAAAGCAAGAGCCAUUGAAGAAACCCGUAACAGGACCGGCGAAAAAAACACUAAAGCGAGAGGCAUUGAAGCAAACCACUAUGGAACCGGCAAAAAAGGCACCGAAGAAAGAGCCUUUCAAGAAAACCGAAAUAGAAUGGGUGAAAAAGAUCCCAAUGCAAGAGCCAUUGAAGAAAACCGCAAAAGAACCGACGAGAAAGACCUCAAAGCAAGAGCCAUUGAAGCACGAAAUAUCAAAAACGAAAACAUCGAAACGUUCAAAGUCGACAUGUUCGACUGAUUUACUUGUUUCAGCUUUGGAUAAUACCAAUACAAUGCGCCCAACGGAACUGGUAAAAAAGUUACAAAACUUGAAUUCCAUUGAUUUAACUUCGAUCAAAUCGAAUUUCCUCGCCAAGUAUCUCAAGGAAAAUCGACGAAAGAAGCGAGAGAAAAAUGAAACAUAUAAUUUGAAAAAUAUUUUGAAAGAUUGGGACGACGAUGGGAGUGAACAAGGGAGUGAACAAGGAAUAUCGAAAAUCGAAAUGGAUUCAAACAAAUUUCCCGAUGAAUUUACGGCAGUGGACGAUACGGAGUCUAUAAUAAGUAUUUCAUCAGCAGCUUCAGACAACAGCGUCGCAAUACUUAACUAACCACAAAGUGCUUAAAAUAUCAAAUUACAUUUAAGAAUCGAUUAAAAUUUUCAUUUUUUUUUAAAUCGAAACAUUGUAUAGCAAUAGGUUUAGUGUUGUUUUUAACGAAAGUAUAUUUACUUUGUCAUUUAUUAAAUUUCACAAAAAAAAAUCGGAGAAUUAGAAAACGUCUAUAUAAUAAAUGGUUCUGUACAAUGAA